CCGUUCCCGACAACCAUGCUGCCCGCGCUGCGAGCGCUUGCAGCCCCUGCGCUCCGUGCGCCCCCGUCGGCGUACCGUCCGCUGCUGGCGGUGCGGACGCCCCUCGCUACCUCUCUUUUGGCCCAGAGCCGCGCAUUCCACGCCUCUCCCGUCGCGUCGGUCACACUGAACCAGGCUAUGCGCCGGAAGCGCCCCAAGAAGGCGUCGAAGGGCAAGUCGCCCCUGCUGGAGGGCGCACCGCAACGAAAGGGCGUCGUGACGCAGAUUGUCAUUGGCAAGCCGAAGAAGCCGAACUCUGCGAAGCGUAAGGUCGCGCGUAUCAAGCUUUCGACGGGCAAGCCGCUGCAGGCGUACAUCCCUGGUGAGGGCCACAACCUGCAGGAGCACAGUGUGGUCCUGGUCAGAGGUGGUGCGGCGCAAGAUUUGCCUGGUGUCAGGUACCGUCUCGUCCGUGGCGCGCUCGACCUGGGUGGUGUGGUCAACCGUGUGUCUGCACGCAGUAGAUACGGUGCCAAGAAGCCGAAGAAGUAAUCGUCUUCGUGUCCUGUCACCUUACAUAUACUACCUAGACCAUGCCUUCAAACCCAUGAACCCACAACUCCUGCAAAACGAGUGUCGAAUAAUAAGUGUGACUGUCCGUGGUAUGUUAUGCAAGUGGUAUACAAUGCGACAAGGGUAUCGUCGUCCAUAACCUUCCCAAAUUCCCCGUCACCUAAUCGGCCUCAAAUUCC